GUUUGCUCUGGCUGGGGCAGCUUUGCACGCGCCGGGGGCAGCCCCCUUUCCAAGCCGCCGCCGCGAUCCCUCGAAACGAGUCGCAAGGAGCAGGAAUUCGACCCGGCGACCGCAUCGGGCGAGCACACCACUGGCAACAAAAGGGCAGCUGCAGCGCCCAGUGUUAGCACCUGGGCGCGCGGCGCGCGAGCAGCUGCAUAGCUACAGCGCCGCGCCGACGGCGAAACAAGCCAAAAACAAGCCAUGGAGCUCGCGGUCUGCGCCACGCCGCUCACGCCCGUGGCCGCGGCCCGCGCCGCCGUCACGCUGCGGCGCAUGAAGGCGAAACGUAAAGGUAAGAAGAAACUUCGCAGCGCGCCUCCAAAGGCCAAAAUUACACGAGAAGCCCCGAUCCUUCGAGCCCAGGAGGCCGCCGCGCGCUUGGAGGCCUCGACGUCAAGGCCACUGCCAGCUGUCCCUCAACAACGGCCGACGACGGGCGCCAAGAUGCUGUCGUCGACGUUUCCGCCGCCUACUAAAGGUCCAGUGGCCGACGUCCAACGGGAACGGCUCAAGGCCAAAGAACGAGUCGCGAAGCACCGGAGGAAGGUCGAGGCGGAACGUAAAGCCAAGGAGCUGGACGAGGAGAAGCGUCGACGGCAGUACGCCCACGUCGACCUCGACCAAUUAAGAGAGGAGGCCGCGAGGCGUGCAAAGGACGCGGCGGCGAAGAAUGCGAUGGCGGCGGCGAAGAUCGCCGCGGCGUUGAAGGCUAAAAAGGAAGCUGCCGCCGCAAAAAGGGCCGCGGACGCGCGCGCACGGGAAAGACGUAGGGCGGAGAUCUACGCGCUGAACCACAUCAUGCGCGACUAUUUUCGUGGUUUAGGGGCCGUGGACUAACUGGUCUUGUUCGGACGUGUGUUUACUACGUUAGUCGUGUUAGGGUAGGGAUCGUCGUCGUGUCCGGUCGGCCCUAG